AUGAAUAUCAAUAAGAAGUUCGAUCGCAUGAAGCAAUGGGGCAAGGAGCGGAUGGGAGGCGAGGUCAAGACAGACACAAGCGAGGAGUUCAAGGCAUUGGAGAUGGAGAUGCAGCUGCGACACGAAGGCAUGCAGCGAUUGAAGAAAUCCGCGGACGUUUACGUUCAACACACGGGAAAGCGCGAGAAAUACCAGGACAAGGAACAACAACUUCCAGUCGGCUACUUUGGCAGCACAAUGGUAGCACACGGCGAUGACUUCGAACCAGAUUCCGAAUUUGGACAAUGUCUGGCUAUGCUUGGAAGAGCGAACGAGCGCAUUGCUCGGAUGCAGGAGACGUACUGCGCCAAUGCUACUAGCAGCUGGCUGGAAUCGCUCGAGCGGAGCUUGGUGCAGAUGAAAGAGUACGAGAGGGCGAGAAAGCAAUUGGACAGCAGAAGAUUGGCAUACGACACGGCAGGCGUGAAGAUGCAAAAGAGCAAGAAGGAGGACUUCAGGAUGGAAGAGGAGCUUCGGAAUCAGAAGAUGAAGUAUGAGGAGAGCAGCGAGGACGUCUACCGGAGAAUGCUUGACAUCAAGGAGGCAGAAGUGGACUCUGUGCAGGACCUCACAAGCUUUCUGGACGCAGAGUUGACAUACUACGAUCGAUGUCGGGAAGUGCUUCUGCAACUGAAGCGAGAUUGGCCAGCAUCCCGGUCCGGCACAGCCUCGCCAGUCAAUGGUCUUGCACGCCAUGGAACCCGAUCGCGAGCCUCCUCGAACGCCGACCGGUUCUCUAGAAUAGACGAAGACGAACCUCUCGAGCCACCACGACGAAUAGGUUCCCGGGUUCCACCGGGCGCCAACUCGCCUCGAAAAGAACUACCGGGCUUCGAUCUUCCAGUGCGGCCAAACGGUCUACGAAGCAGCAGCACACCCGGAUUCGAAGGUCCUAUGUCGCUCUCUAGAAGCGAGACUCUUUCCCCAGCCCCAAUGCCACGGCUCACUCGCGUACCUACAGAACCAAGCAGUAUUCUCGGAGCACGCUCAAACUUGCGAAUCACGAAGUCAAGAGAAAGCUCUCAGCCUCCGCCCGACGUGUUCGGAGAUGACCAGUCCGACUACUCAAGAGAUCUGGUCGAUCACCACAGGACCGCAAGUUGGAGUGCAGCAGCCCAAGAUGGCAGCGCGACGAACGGAGGGAAGAAGCCUCCACCUCCACCUCCCCCAUCACGAGCGAAGAAACCUCCCCCUCCGCCGCCGAUGAAAAGGAGUGCUCUUAGUACGAGCGAGAUAUCUCAAUACUGA